AUGGAACUUCCCAAGGAGUUCGACCACCUCGAUGCGCCCCGCGACCUUUGGGAUCCACUCGAGACUCAAGCGCUUGCCGAACUCGCAAAGAAGACUCAUGAGGAGUACAAGUCCGCGAAGGAAGUCAACGAGAACUGCGCCGACAACCGCAUCUGGGCUGAUGAUGUUUCUGGAGUGAUGGCUAUGAGCGACGAGCUGAAGACUAAGAUCCGCACGCUCAUCAAGACCAUUAUCAAGAGAAAUGCGCUCAAGGCUGCUGAUGAGAAGGCAAUUGUAGAUGCCAAGGAAGCCGCGGAGGAUGCUAAGCGCCGUGUAGAGUGGUGUGCCGGGAUGCCGGCGAUGAGACCUCCAGUGUCAAGUCUAUCGCAGAGAGCUGUGUCGCGCCAGAAACUAUCAGAAAUUGAGCUCUAG